UGUGAUUUGAAAGCGAUCGUAGAAGCUGACAAACUAAAUAAACUCUUGUAGAUGCCGGUAGCUUUGUAAUGAAUCGAGCGAAUUCUGUAUAAAUCACACAUUAAUGCAUAAUUAAUUAUGCAUAGGCGAAAAGACAAAACUUAGAAAUAACUUAAAUCAUUUAGAGCAAUCUACUUGAACUUAAGUUUCAGAAUGAGUGAAAACAGUUUCGCAUCCAAACUUUUUGGAAAAUUUCAUACACACGGCCAGGAAUCGGUCUGUAGUAAUAAACAAAUCGAUAGAAAUUAUAAUUUUAAGGAAGAUCUUCCAGAUGGAUCAUGUUUCAGUCGAGUUUUAAAAAUUGAACCUCAUUCUAAUAUGAAUUAUGAAUCUGCUAUUAAAAAGUGUGAGUAUGUUGGAAGUUUUCCUGUUUCUGGCAAUGAUCAUAAUACAAGAACCGAAUUUGUCAGAGCUCAACUAAAACAAAUGAGAGAUAUUGGCAGAAAGAAGAGUGUUUUGCUUGUUGUCUCACUUACUGGAAUUAAAGUGUGCAGUUUGGAUGGAAAAAGUGUUCUCAUGGCACAUGCGCUUCGCCGAAUAUCAUUUGCAACUUGUGACCCUGAGCACUGCCAGUUUUCAUUUCUGGCCCGUGAACCAAAUGGACACUUCAGCCUUCAGUAUUGUCAUUCAUUUAUAGCUGAAGAUUCCAAAACAGCGGAAGAACUGAGCGGAGUGGUUGGCUCCGCUUUCCGCAUGGCGUACGCUCAGCAGCUACAGCAGAAGGCGCCGCUCUCUCCUGGCCAUCAGCUGGAGCAACCGGUGAGGCGACGGUCCCCAGGUCCAGUACUCCUCGGUCCUGCUCCUCUCGUGACCACGUGCGGAGAUGAUAUUUCGCCACGACCUGCCGCCAGAGCUUGUUGGGCUAAGAAACUUGCUGGUAAAACUAAGCACAAUGAUCCAAUUGCCAAUCAGGCAAUAGAAUUAAGCAGUCGAGCUUUAUCACCUGCAGCUGCUGAAUGUUCAGCUUCGGCAUCUCAGCAUUCAUCAAUGAAUCAUCGGAGUUCUAAGAGGUCUCAUGCAGCUCAAAACUUACCUUUGGGCUCAUGGUCGCCCUCAGGAAGUUGCAGAAGCAGUGACGGAGGCGGUUGUAGUAGCAGUGAGGAAAACAACUCUCCUACUGAUUUAAAUUCCUGCAAGCAAAUGAAAGACAAACCUCCACUGCUGAAAAACCUUGAAGUAGUUCAAGAAAGUACUCCAGGGGAUGAUUCUUUCAGUAAAGAUCUUGCACGACCGUCAUCAGGUGGUUGCAUACGGAAAAGUUCAGCAUGGGAAGGUGCUCCUACUUUACGUAUUUCAAAAUCCAGCAGUCGUCGUAAAGCAGAUGGAUUCUCACAUCAUAAAAAAUAUUCACUUGGAGCAAGCAAUCAAACCCCUACCGCUCCCCCUACUGAUGAAGAAAGUCCGCUAGAAUCAUCAACAGAUCAAAGCAAAAGAUCUUCAAGGUCUUCGUGUGAUCAUUCUAUGCCAUCAUUAUCAUCCUCAUUAUCCGAUACAACAAACUUCAGUGAGAGAUCAGAAGCAUCUAGUUGUUCUAAGAAUAAACGAAGCAGCCAUAGUUGUUGUGCAUGCAGUAGAUCAAGCGUUACACCGCCACCACCACCUGAAAGGCAUGAUUCUUUGUCUAAUCCCGAUGAUGCUGAAGAAGAUGCUCUGAAGACUGCAGCGUGGUAUCAAGCUGGAAUUCCAAGAGAAAUAACUCUGGAAAUACUUGCAAAAGAACCUGUUGGAGCAUUUAUGGUUCGAAAAAGUUCAAGCAAGCCUGGGUGCUUUGCCUUAACUUUACGUGUGCCAAGAGAUUUUCAUCAGUCAGGAACAGCUCAUUAUCUCAUUAUGCGGACAAAUCGAGGGUAUAAAAUCAAGGGCUUCACUAAAGAAUUUGGGACGUUAACGGCGCUGAUAACACAUCAUUCAGUGAUGCCAGAAUUGUUGCCUUGUCCGUUAUCAUUAUCAAGGUGGAAUCCUUCUUUCAGGAAUCACGACUCUGAAGAUUUUGUGGAUAUUAAUGAAGAUCCCGAUUAUGAUACGUUGUCUGAUUUCAGGAAGGUGUUAGGCGAUCGAAAUGGUUAAAACAGUUUGCUGUAUUUUUAACCAGAAGAAUGUUCAAAUGUUUGAAACGGUUUAUUAUAUCUUUUAGCAGAAGAAUGUUGAGAUAUUGAAAAUUUUGCUGAUAUUUGCAUUUAUAUUAAAAUGAUCAUGUGUUUUUCAUCAUGUGUUUACAUCAUGUGUUUUUGAGCAAGAGCUUUUGAAGAAUUCCUGUUAGGAAAUAGUUUCCAGUUGUUCUCAAUGAUUUGUAUUAACAUUCCUAGUUUAAAUUCAUUAAAAUCUGUAAAGCAGCUUUGUUCAACUGAUAUAUAACUUUGAUACCUAUAUAUAUUUGAAAUUUUCUCUCAUAAGAUUGUCAAUAUAUUACAUAGCUUGAAAGUUUUUCUCUUUUGCGUAUUAUCUUGAUUCUUAAAAAUUCUGUAUUUCGUUUGUUUUUCUGACACAUGUUAUGGCAUGCUCAUUGCAAUAUUAUUAAAUUCAUCAAAAGAAAGUUUUUCAAA